AUGGACCAGAACAUAAUCCAGAUGGUAAAGUACAACUACAAGCAAAAGCUUAUGCGUGAGCUUCUUGGGCGCCAAGGAGAAUUUGACGACAUGGUGAAGAAAAUCAACAUCAAGGAUGCCAUGUUUUGGGUAUCCGAGGCUUGGGACGAUGUACCGGCUGAUUCCAUUACCAAAUCAUGGAAAAUGUUGUAUAGAGAACCUGAAUUCGAUGAUGAAGAUGACAUCCAGUUGUCGGUUGUACGGGAACGCUUACUUUCGAUUCAACAGAAAUUGGCGGACCAGGACAUUACCAUAAAUGAAGAGGACGUGGAGUUUGACGUUUUGAACGACGAUGAUAUAGUGAACAUCGUUAUGCACCCAAACACAUCAUUCUACGAUGGCGAAAACACCUUUUCAACUGUCGAGCAAACAAAUAUAUCAACAGAACCACACCAAAUUGAUCUGGACGACGAAGCUGAAAACAGUGUUUCAAAUAAAACAGCUUUAUCAGGAAUCGAUCAAGUAAUUGCUUGGGCAGAGGAAAACGGGCUUUCAUUGGAGAGACAGUACUUGCUGCGAGAAGUACGUGGAAAUAUUUUAGAGAAAAUAAUUAAUUCACGGAACCAGGAAUGA